AUGAUCAGAGCUGCCUACAUGCCGUGUCGUGAGUUCAUUCUCCAAUUGAACAAACAGGCGUCAAAAUGCAACUAUGGUGACCGAUUGGAGGAACAACUUUGCGACCGUCUCAUUGCUGGAAUCAAGUACAUCUCAUUACAACGUACGAUUUUGGAAAAAAUAUCACCUUUGCUGAGGCUCGAAAAAUCUGUGAGCAAGGUGACGACUUCUGUGCUCAUUCAUGGGGUUACUGGCCAUCAGUUGCAAUUACUUGGUGAAAUGAUGUUGCGUGUUCAAUUUGAAUCCGGGGUAUCAAUCCCAAUCCGAUUCCUGGUUUCAGUCCACAGUCCGUCUAUUCUGGGCCUUCGAGCAAUGCGGCUACUACAAGGAUCCAUUACACUACACACGAACAAAGAUAUGCCAAUCACCUCACAUCUUCAACAUCUGAUUGUACAGUGUUCCGGUAACAUUGGUGGCACGAAAGUACCGUCGGUGAAGUUGGAAGUGGACGGUGAACCUAUUUUCCUAAAACUACGCUUCCUCCCAUACGGUCAACGGGCAGGUGUUCUGAAAGCAUUACAGAACAUGGAGCAGGAUGGUGUGAUAAGCAAAGUUGAAUCCAGUGCCUGGGCGACCCCGAUUGUUGUGGAGAUGAAAAAAGAUGAUAGGACACCACGGACCUGUGGAGACUAUCGACUAACUUUGAAUCCCAGAUUGCGGAGAUGUGCAGCGACCACCAUAGAACCAGAAGAUUUCAUGAAGUCAUUGCAUGGGUGCCAGUAUUUUUUGAAGAUUGACUUAGCGGACGCAUACCUACAGAUUCCACUCGAUGUCGAAUCUCGCUACUUGACAACAAUCAAUACGCCGUGGGGAAUGCAUCAGUACAAUUUUCUCCCAUUCGGAUUGCAUGUGUCGCCUGGCCUCUUUCAAUCGGUAAUAGACAGUGUAAUCAAAGGACGUGACGGUGUGCUUGCAUAUCAAGAUAACGUCCUCAUUUUUGGCCUUAAUAAGAAAGAACACGAUGCCCGUCUCACGCAGCUACUGGAACGAUUUUCCGUCAGAAACGUGGCUAUCAAGCCGUCCAAGUGUGUAUUUGGAGUAAGUGAGUUAGAGUUUCUAGGAUUCAUAGUUGAUUCCCGUGGAUAUCGUCCCGAUCUGACACGUUUCAACCCACUGACUAAGAUUGAAUCUCCAAAAGAUCAAAAGCAUUUGAGAUCGGUGAUGGGAUGCCCACAGUACUAUUCCCGAUUUAUCCCGAACUUUGCUACAAGGGCACAGCCGCUUUUCCGUGCUCGGUGUUCAGACGCUUGGGAAUGGUCGGUGGAGUGA